AUGAGUCGAACCGCAUCGCGCAAGGCACCGCGCCACAUCCGCCAGCCUUCAAACCUCAUUCCCGCCGCCUCCGACUACGAAUCCGACGCAGCCGCCAUGCAGGCUCCCUACGCUCCGCCGCCGCCUCGCACAAACACCGAGCUCAACCUCUCCGUGCUCCAGCGGUACCUGCCGUCCAUUCAGGGCAUCCUCAGCAUUGCCGCCAACGCCGUCGUCUACACCUUUGACGGCGCCUCGGAGAGCUGGGACAAGUCGGGCAUCGAGGGCACCUUGUUCGUCUGUGCCCAGAGCCCGCUGGCCGACGAUACAGAACACCGUCCUCGCGCCUGCGUCUUCGUCCUCAACCGCCGCGCGCUCGACAACCUGGUCGCGGACCUGGCCAGGGUGACACAUGUCGAGGUCAUGGACGAGCUGGUCAUCUUGCGGCUCGAGGGGGAUUGGGAGCAAGGCGACAAGGUCCUCGGCAUCUGGAUACACAACGACAAAGACGAGACCAGAGACAUCAACGCCGCCAUGAUCCAGGAGAGCUGGAAGGCUGUUAGGUCGGGCGGCAUCGCCGAGGAGCAGGGGCCGGAAGCAGGGCCAGCCAUGCAGGCUAUUGGCCGGCGGCUAUCCCUGAGCGACCUGUUUGGCAAGCAACGCGAUCUCAACCCUACUCAGUGA